AAUAAAAUGGAAAUAAAAACGGUCUUUAGGCAUGAGAAAGUUGUAGCACAUAAAGAGUCAAUAUCGUUUGACUGGACUAUCUGCAAAAUCGACAAAUAGUUCCAAAUUCGCAUCAAGCCGAACGAGGAGAAUACCAUUUCCGGGGAUUUAGCGUCUCAAUGAAACCAGCUCGAGAAUAUACUCAAUUAAAAUGCUCCACAUUGUAUAUUCCUUUUACGCUUAUUUGCUACAAAUUUAUUAUGGAAAAUAGUAAAUUUUGGACCUGACUAUCUUCACGUUAGUUGUGAAGGUUUUUAUUUGUGGAGAUUUUCUAUUUUCUUCAAAGAGACAGUUGACUUCCCGUCUUUGGAAUCCAGUUGACUGGUCGGCAGGCAUCAGCCAUGGAGGGGGGAGGUGGAGGCCAUUAUGUUGGCAUGGCCAUGGAGAACCACUUCGAUGAGUUCUUGAUGUCCUUUGGGAUGGAGCAUGUCCACAACGUGCACAUGCACAGUGCCGCCGCAGCUGCAGCUGGCACUCAUGGCCACCCUCUGCCUUACCCAAUGCACAGCAACAGACCCAUGGCACAUCACCCAGUGCCCCCAGCCAACUAUGCACAGCUCAGACAUCCGCACCAGGAAAUGACUCCCCAGCAUCAGCCUGUCGUAACACACGCUUCCGCGAUGGCUCAGGCCCACAUUCCACUCCAGAGGUGCGAACCGCCCCACAAGACUUGGAAACCGGAUUUAAUGUCACCAGUAGCUGAGGUUCAGGAGUUGCAGCCCCCCUUCCCAGCUCGGCAGAGCCUGGAGCUGCCCUCGGCCAAAGUUCUGGGCAAGUCCUACGUCUGCGACAUCUGCUCCAAGGAGUUUGCCACCUCCACUGCCCACCUCAAACACAUGCAGAGCCACUCGGGCGACAAGCUCUUCCAUUGCAGCGACUGCUCAGCCACCUUUUGCCGCGCCAACGACCUGAAGCGCCACAUUCGCAAGCACACGGGCGAGAAGCCCUACAAGUGUUCCGAGUGCGGGGCGGCGUACUCUCGCCCGGACAACCUCAAGGUUCACAAGAAGACCCAUUCCACCGCCAUGCCCUUCAAGUGCCAGCACUGCGGGGCAGGCUUCACGCAGCAGGGGCACCUGACCCAGCAUAUGCGCACGCACUCAGGGGAGAUCGAAAAGGCCCACAAGUGUGACGUGUGCACGCAGGCCUUCUCCCGGGCCGAGUAUUUGAAGGCCCACAAGCGCGUUCACAAGUCCACCAAUCAGUUUGAGUGCAAAGACUGCGGGGCCAGGUUCUCCACGUCGUCCAACUUCAAGCGGCACAAGCUCAAGCACACGGACCGGCGCGAGCACCAGUGCGAGUACUGCAGCGCCACCUUUGCCAUGCUGCACCACCUGGAGCAGCAUCGCCGCAUCCACACAGGGGAGAAUCCCUUCAAGUGCGGCUGCGGCCUGGCGUUCUGGCGGGCCCGGGAUCUCACCACACACCGGCUCAGAGACAAGUGUGACAAACCAACUGUGAAAGAAGGCAAGACAGAUGCUGAAGGGAAACCAAAGCGAAGACUGCCCAGGCGAAAAAACUACAUCUGUGGCAUCUGCUGGAAAGCUUUUGUAAAACCCUCUGCCUGUCGUGUGCACCUGCAGAAGCACAUUGGACAGAAGCCAUACAAGUGUGAUGAGUGCGAAAUGAGUUUUGAUCGGCCAGCUGCCUUGCGGCGGCACAAGAACAAGAAGCACAUCAAGUACUCACUGUACAAGUGUGAGGAGUGCCAGGGCAUGUUCACUACCAAGACUCUACUGCGCGCCCAUGUGGCCAAGCACUUGCGGGUGCAAUGCAAGCUUUGCAGCAAGGUCUUCCGCUGGCCCAGCAGCCUGGAGUCACACAUGAAAAAACAUGGGAAAGAGAAAAAGAUGCUGAGGUGCCAGAAGUGCCAGUCCUCUUUUGACAAUUCAUACCAGCUCCGCAAGCACGUCCGAACACACCACAGUCAGACAUACUCAUGCCCUGAGUGCGAUGCAGAAUUCCGGCGGCCCAUUUCUUUUGCGAUCCACAUGAAAGUCGGCUGCAUUGCAGCAUCCGAGAACCAGUGCCAGGAAUGCAAUACAACUUUCAAGAGGAAGUAUGAGCUGAGACGACACAUGCUGAAAAUUCAUGGGACAGAGGAAAUUCCUGUGACUGACAGCCGAGAAGACAGAGACAUCUCCAAUGCAGAUGAGACAUCAGAAACUUCACAACAGAAGGAUGAUGAGUCCUCCGAUAAGGAUGGCUCACAGAACUUAAAUCUGGAUGAGUCUGAGACAGAUGAUACAUCCAGAGUGUACAGAAAGCAGAGAAAGAAGACCAGAUUGACCCAGUCAUUUAUAUGUAGUGAGUGUGGAGAGGACUUUGAAUCACAGAAAGUGUUGCAGGAGCACCAGAGUCAGGCAGACUGUGAGUGUACAUCCUCUGAAUAGGACCUAUACGGAAGUAUGCUGGAGGACUUCAGUGUGUGUGUGUGUGUGCCAAGAUGAUUGAAAGGAAUAUCUUCAGUUGAAUGUAGAUGAGACAAAGUCAACAAGAUAUAUUUUGUGUUUGUGUACUGUGUUGUCUUCUUAUAGUUCAAGUGAUCAAAGGCAAAUGGAGUCAAAUAUGAAAAGUGCUGGCACGUUGAUCAAAUAUUAGUUUGUCACAAAAAGACAUGACUUUUUGAGGGGAGAGUGUUUGUGGUAGGGAAUUGUGUAUGGAGUGUAACCUAAAUUUUAUCAUCAUUGAAGGGAACAACCAUUGUCAAAACUUUGGGCUACUGAGGCAUUAACAUUAGAGCAUACCUACUUUUGUGGGUAAGUCCUAAGCUCUUUCUAAAAAAAACGGGUGAAAAUUACAGGGUUUUAUAUAAUAUGCAGAACAGAGUUGUUCACUCAGAUUUGGGGAAUGUGCUAUCUUGUAACAAACUAAAUUCAAAUUUCUUCAAAUUAAUUUUAUGACCUCACCAUACCUAUCCCAUGUUGCUGUUCUUUGUAAUCAAAGUUUUAUGCAAGUUUUCUUUCUCUUCAACCAUUUUUAGUGGCCCAACAACUUAUAGCAGCUGUUGUUGCUCAGGGAAAACCUCAGGGACUGUCGGGGGAUGCUUUUAUGAUAGUAAUAAUAAAAUGAUGAUAAUAAAUAAAUCAUUAAAAAAAUUAUUAUCACUGGUAACGAAAAGAUCUUUGCAUAGAUAUUAAAAGAGCAAGUACAAGACAAUGUGUAUGAAAACAAGCGGUUUUAUCCAUAAUAUUUCAAUGUUAAAGAAAUUCGUAGGAUGCUAUAUGCCAUUAUUGAUAUGAACUGCAUAUGUUGAAUAAAAAAAACAUAGUUUACUUGGGUAGCUAUUUAAUUUAUAAGCCUUCUAGAAAAAUGAAAAAUUCUGAGGAAGUGAAUCAGUAAUUUGUUGCAUAAGAAAUCUCCCAAGUCAGGGAUUAUUGUGACCAAAAAAACCAAGCAUUUUAUAGGAAAAGAGAUAGUAGUUUGAUAGAUAGAUAGGCAUGUUUGCUUCCUAAAUUGCAUUAAGUGUAGGCAAGGUUGUCUUUAUUCACUGCUAUUUGGGCAUAACAAGUUUAAAAAGUAUCACAGUGAAUGUUGCAAAAAUAAAUCUAUUAUGUACACAUCCUGUGUACAUAAACGUGCUCAUACUGGUUGCUGAUCACUCUAGCUGGGUUGUGAACUCUGUGUAUUUUUUCCUUUAAGAAUGAAAUAGAUUCUUUCUCCAACAAUGAUUGUUCACAUGUAUCAGUUGUAAUGCUGGUCAUAAAUUUUUUCUAUUUUAACAUUUCCAAUAUAUUUCUUACAUGACACAUUACCUCAAGAUAUAUUUAUGAAACAGCGUUUAAUGGAUAGUGUCGGCAUCCCAAGUCUUUGCAAUAAACUGAUUGCUUCUUGAUGUUCAGACAGUUCAGGCAAUUAUUCCUUUUAUGCAGUUAAUGUGAUGCUACUACAAUCAUGGUAAAGACUUCCUGUGUGCAGUUUUUAACUGGAAACAUUUCUUUUCAGAAAGCCAUUUUUGUGGUCAACAAUUCUUGUUCUUUGUUGGUUUUUUUUUCCCCUUUUGAAUUUAAUUUGAAGAAUGCAGAGUAAUCAGUAAAGGCAUGCAUUAUCUGAGCUGUUGGAUGUAUUAUACUGAUUGUGGCUGUAGGUGAAGGAGCAUCCAUAGCUGUAACUAGACAGAAAGUGUAGCCUGAUGUGUGGCUUAUGCUGUAUUGUGCUUCAGGUCUUACUAGUUUAUUAGGAUAUAUCAAAACUUUUUAUGGGUGUAUCUAAAUAUAUUUUUAUACUAUUUCAUUACUAUUCUGGUAUUUUUUCAAAUGCAAGCCUACUUAAGAGUAAGAACCCCUUGUUUACAGGUAUUAACAGCCUCAAUAUUCCCAUAAUUUCUUUCUGUGACAGCACUUUUGCUGUAGGAUAGGUGUGUAAUCUGCAUUUUCAUGCUACUCCUUAAAAAUUGCAAUAUUCUGUUUUAUUUGUUUACAAAAUAACUGAUUCUGCAGGUCAGGUGGCAAUCCUCUAGGUUCUCUCAUUUGGUUCCCAGUGUUGUGGUAUCAAAAGUUAGUUUGUAGGUAAAUCGCAUAUACUGCCAACUCAAGCACUUUCUUUGGUGUAGUAAUACACAAGAUGACCAAGAUCAUUUUAUUAAUCAUGAAAUAUAGUUAUCCCUCUCACUAUAAAAAGUAAAUAACAAUAAGUAAUAAAAAUAUGGAGAUCUGUCUUCCUAACCUGGGUAAAAGUUAAUAGGAAAACAUUUGCAUAUUCACAUUUUGGUAAAAUUCUUUUUUUUUUCUUAUUAUUAUUCUCAGGUAUUAACCAUUGCUACAAAGUACAAUGAAGGGCAUUUUAUCAGUGUAAAGAAUGUUCUCAGGUGGGGUUUUUUUUUUGCAUUCUACAUUUUAUCCAUGGCCUCAACAUAGAUCACUAAUUAAAACUCAUUUUAGUUAUGGAAUGUUCAAGUUUAAGACUUUUACAAAUAUUUUGCAACCUCAGCCUAAGGUGAACAAAUGAAUCAUAUUUCCCUUGGCUCCUUGAUGUAGCUGGUGUGAGAAUGUAUAUACAUGUAUUUAUUGUUGGUUUCAGUAUGAAUGGCUUCAUGUACCACAUUUUUUAGAAUGUUUAAAGAUCAAAAGAUUGAACACUGUGUGUUUCAUUUUUUUAUUUUUAGAAAAAGUAAUUUACUUUUAUGUGUGGAUCAUCUAGGUGUGAAAUUUUUUAACCCUUUUGGGAGCAAGAAGACUAUGUAUGACAUGGUCUGUGUAGCAGAUGCUGUUAUGUUUCAUGUUUCCUUUACCAGUAAUCCUAUGUUCAUACCUUAUGGAUGCAGUAUGCUUUGGAUUUCAGUUUCAAUUUGAAAAGGUGUCAAAGCAUUGAUAGUUAUAAAUUAAAGAAUGAUGUUUUGCAAUA